GGGAUCCGGUUGCUCUGAGAGGAGUGGAUGUCGGUGGACGGAUGGAGCGACAGGAGGUGUGAGGGUCAGGACAAAUGCGCUCUUUCACCACGCAGACGCACGGGUUUGCACAGAUAGGGACGCGUGGGAGCAAAAGUUUUUAGUUAGUUUUUGCUGUAAAUUUAAAACACUUGGCGACGAGGAUCGUGGAGGAUAGACCGUGGAAAACGUGUCCGACGGGUUGUUAAAGUUGUGUUUUUGAUCGUGGACACGCGCUGGGAGAAAACCUGCAGUUGAUUGGUCCGACAAGGUGAACGACUGAACUCUGUGGUUGGAUGAACAGGUGCGGUGAUUUUUGAUGACAAAUCAUGGACCAACUUAGAUUUUCCCCAAGCACAGAAACAUCUUCAUAAAGACAUAAAGAUCAUUGCGCAGGACGCACCAGACAGACCAAACUCACACAUAGGAAUACUUUUUUCUUAAAAAACUAUUUUUUUAAUAACCUGAUGACCAUUCUGUAAGCGCGCUCGUGCGCCAAAAUGGCAUAGCAGCUCACGAGUGGCUUUUACGCAUCUCUCCAAGGAACAAAGAGCUGGAUAUGUGGUGGAUACAGGAGCAUUAACUUCCCUCCAGCUUCGGAGACCACUUUUUAAAACUAAACAAAGAAGGAAGUUAAAUACCAGGACUCGCAUCAUACAGUUUCAUAAAUGGAGCUGCGCAAAUACCUGCUGUGCCUGGAGUUUAUCCUCCUCCUGCAAGCAUUCUGCCAGUGCUUUAAUAUAGAUGUAAAGCAUCCGCGGAUCUUCACCGGUCCAGAGGAAGCUCUUUUUGGCUUUUCUGUGUUGCAACAUGAAGCAGGAGGAGAGAAAUCGAUGCUGGUGGGAGCGCCGUGGGAUGGGCCGCCCAGCAACAGGAAGGGGGAUGUGUACAAAUGUGUUGUAGGGGAGGAGAAAUAUUCAAACUGCAGUAAAGUGAAUCUAGGUGAAACUGCUCUUCAAAAUGUUUCUAAAGUUCUGAGGAAUUCUCACCUGGGAAUGACCCUCACACCAGACUCACCUGAUGGUUUCCUGGCAUGUGCCCCUCUUUGGUCACAGGAGUGUGGUACAUCUAUGUUCAGCACCGGGAUCUGCGCCUCUGUCAGUGAUGACCUGGAACCAAGAGAGACCAUCGCACCAACUGAGCAAAAGUGCAAGACGUUUAUGGACAUCGUGAUUGUAGUGGAUGGCUCUAACAGUAUCUACCCCUGGUCUGAAGUCCAGAACUUCCUCAGCAACAUCCUCAGCAAGUUCCACAUCAGCUCCAACCAGAUGCAGGUUGGUAUAAUACAGUAUGCAGAGAUAGCUGUUCACGAGUGGUCUAUGAAGGACUACCAGACCACACAGGAGGUGGUGGAGGCCGCCAAGAACAUCAGCCGUCAGGAGGGCCGAGAGACGCGCACAGCAGACGCCAUCAACAUAGCCUGCACCGAAGCGUUCAGUGCUGAGCGUGGAGCGAGGGAGGGCGCUACCAAGGUGAUGAUCGUGGUGACGGACGGGGAGUCGCAUGAUGGGGACUCACUGCCAGCCGCUCUGGAGGAAUGUGAGAGCCGAAACAUCACCAGAUACGCCAUCGCCGUUCUGGGUUAUUACAUCCGGAAAGGGCAGGACCCGGAGACUUUCAUCGACGAGAUCAAGUACAUCGCCAGCGACCCAGACGACAAGUAUUUCUUCAACGUGACCGACGAAGCUGCGCUGAAUGACAUUGUGGACGCUCUGGGAGAUCGGAUCUUCACCCUGGAAGGUACGAUGGGCUACAACCAGAGCACAUUCCACAUGGAGAUGUCCCAGGUCGGCUUCUCCACGCACACUUUAGCUGAUGGUAUUCUCUUUGGGAUUGUGGGUGCCUACGACUGGGAUGGUGGCGUUUUGAUGGACAGGGCCAGUGGACCAAUCAUCCCAUCUAGAGAGGCCUUCGAAAGUGAAUUUCCUCUGGAGCUCAAAAAUCACGCCGCUUAUUUAGGUUACACGGUCUCAUCUGUGGUGAUCGGUGACUGGAAGAGGCUGUAUGUAGCUGGAGCUCCUCGCUUUAAACAUAAAGGCAAAGUCAUUUUGUUUGAGCUCAACGAUUACGGGGAUGUGGAGAUUAUGCAGGCCUUGAAUGGAGAACAGAUUGGGUCUUAUUAUGGCAGUGAAGUGCUUGGGCUGGACGUGGAUAAGGACGGCAUCACAGACGUCCUUCUGGUUGCUGCUCCGAUGUUUCUCAGCUCAGGAAACAAGGAGGCUGGUAAAGUCUACAUCUACACCCUCAGUGGGGAGCAGGUGUUUGUCUCCAACGGUACGCUGACAUCAGAGGGGAAGUCUCAGGAUGCCAGGUUUGGCUACGCUCUGGCAGCAGCUCCAGAUCUGAACUAUGAUGGAUUCACCGACCUGGUGGUAGGAGCUCCACUGGAGGACGAUCACAGAGGGGCCGUCUAUGUCUACCACGGACAGGAUAUUUACAUAAUCCAUAAUUAUAAACAGCGUAUAGAGGGGGCCUCUCUCUCCUCGUCCCUUCAGUAUUUUGGCCGGAGUGUGAGCUCACGUCUGGACUUGGAUGGAGAUGACCUGAUAGACUUGGCGGUUGGAGCACAGGGAAGUGCUGUGAUGCUCAGAUCCAGAAGCAUCGUUCAGAUCAAUGUGAGUUUGUCCUUCCAGCCUCAUUCCAUCAAUGUCAUCCAGAAGACGUGUCAGAGGGGGGGCAGGGAGUCGGCCUGUCUGGACGCCACCGCCUGCUUCAAUGCCGUCUCACGCUCCCCCGGGCCCAACGGGAUUGGCUUCGAUCUGUGGGUGUCAGCCAUGUUGGAUGACAGGAAGUUUUCGGCGCGAGCUCUGUUCGACAACAUCUCACACCGACAAAUCCAGCUGCCGGUCCGGGUCCAGACGGGGAAAGCUCUGUGUUACAAGCUGCCCUUCCAUGUCUAUGACACAGCGGAUUACAUUCGCCCAAUCAGCUUCUCGCUGCAGUUUAAGAUCAACAACACAGCGACGGGUCCGGUUCUGGACGAAGGCUGGCCGAUGACGGUCAACAAGUCUAUCCCGUUCUUUAAAGACUGUGGUGAGGAUGAUGUUUGCACCACAGAUCUGGUCCUGCAGGCCAGCAUGGAAAUCUCUGGGACAAAGCAGAAACCUUACUUGAUUCAGAGCCCUCGUAAGCGUCUAGCAGUGGAAGUUCAGCUCCAGAACAGACUGGAGAACGCCUACAACACCAGCCUGAAGCUGCACUAUUCACGCAACCUCCAUUUCUCCAGCCUCAGCAUCAGAGAGGACUACAGCUUUAAGAUUGAGUGCACGGCGCUCGGCCCCAACAGCCACUCGUGCAACGUCAGCUAUCCGGUGUUUCGCUCUCAGUCAGAGGUGAACUUCAUGUUGGAGUUUGAAUUCAGCUGCACAUCUCUGCACAACCGAGUGCAAAUGAAGCUCGUCGCUAGCAGUGACAGCAUGGAGAGAGACGCGACUUUAGGGGACAACAGCGUCCAGCUGCAGAGUUUUGUUCAGUACCAGCCGGACCUUUACGUCAGCAGUUACUCUAACCUGAACCGCUACGAGGUCCAUCCCACACGGUCUGCGUCGGAAGCUCUCGGACCAGAAUUCUACACACACCUCCGGCUGCAGAAUCUGGGCUGUUACGUCUUAAGUAACCUGGAGCUGCGGAUGUUUCUGCCCUCUGUGGCUGCAGGAGACACGGUCUUCAUGACCAUCACCGACGUUUACGCCUACAACGCCACGGGGGUAAACUGCAGAGUUCUGAGCGCCGUCGCCCAGCUGAAGGCCAGACAGAGAGACGUGCGUCCUCUUCAUCCUGAGGACAUGAUGCACAACGAGAUACUGAACUGCAGCAGGUCGUGGUGCACAGAGGUCACGUGUGAAGUCCAGCAGCUCCAGCAGGACGUCGUCAUCCGAGUCAGCCGCAGAGCUCAUGAUGACUUUUUCAGAAAGGCCAAGUACAAGUCAGUGAGGAUCGUGAGUGACUUUGACCUCACAGCUAAAGAGACGAAUCUCAUCACUCUGAGGGCAGGAAUGCUUAGAGGGGAGAGCGUGUUGGAGGUGCUGAAGGGCCGAGCGAUCCCCAUCUCGCUCUGGAUUUUAAUCGGCAGCAUCAUAGGUGGUUUCCUGCUUCUGGCGCUCAUCAUCUUCAUCCUGUGGAAGCUCGGAUUCUUUGCACGCAAACGGAGAGAGGAUGAAAACGACGAGGACUGAGCCUCUUUCAGGGACGUUAUCUGCCACAAAGGGGUGGAGUCUGCGUCCAGUCAGAGUCAGAUGGUCCUGGGAUGAGUCUCCAGGACAAAGAGCAUCAUCAGGGUCCAACAGAAAUGCACUAACAGCUGUUUCCAGAGUUAAAACAUGUAAAUAGUCACUGCUUUUAUUUUAGGAAAAGCCACAUUGUCAUAAACCACAGUUCUUUUAUUUAACUUGCAGACUUUUUCAUGGUUUUAUAUUUUAAACAGUCCAAACAGGCGUUUGUUUUUCCUAAUCGGAAUAAAAACUGCUGAAAACAA